AUGCCAGUUCGGAAGAAAAACCAAGACACGGACUGGCUAGAUGGCUUGGAAAGUCAGAUCUCCGAAACAAAGCAAAGCAAAGAGCUAGAUGGCUUGGAAAGUCAGAUCUCCGAAACAAAGCAAAGCAAAGAGCGAACUUGCAUCUACGCUGUCCCAGAGACGCUCAUCAAAACCAACGGCAAGGACGUGUACAGGCCCCGACUCGUCUCCAUCGGGCCCCACCACUACAGCGACGAUCAAGUCCAGGUGAUGAAGAAGCACAAGCUGGAGUUCCUCAUGCUCUUACUCAAGAGGAAGAAGGAUUUGGAUUUCAAAGACUUAAUGGAAAGCAUACGCCCACUUGCACCGGAAGCCAGAAAGUGUUACUCCAAAGAGAUCAACCUCGAGUCCUUUAAUGAUGAUGAUCGGUUCCUGAAGAUGAUGGUUGUCGAUGGUUGUUUCUUAAUAGAAUUGUUUCUAAAGGCAGCUGACAAACAUAAACUGUUGGAAUUCAACACCAUAUAUGGGGACCUUCUUCUGCUUGAGAAUCAGAUUCCCUUUUCUGUUCUGGAAAAUUUAUUUCAAACUUACAAGAAGUACCCCAAUGCUUCUGAAACUUCCAAAAUGCGUGAGGAGUACUCCGAUGCUUCCUUGUCCUUGCUCGCUUUGCGAUUCUUUAACAAAGUAAUGCAAAGGCGCGACGGAGUCAUAGAGAAGUUCCUCAAGAAGCCAACACCCAAUGAUGAAAAACUACCAUUGCAUUUGCUGGACUUGGUUCGCUCAAGUUUGCUGCUCCAUGAACCCGAUCAAGAAGAGACCCGUAAAGCCAUUUCCAAUUCAGAGCCAUCAAACCAGCCCGAUCAAGAAGAGACCCGUAUUCCCAUUUCCAAUUCAGAGCCAUCAAACCAGCCCGAUCAAGAAGAAACCCGUAUACCCAUUUCCAAUUCAGCGCCAUCAAACAAGAGAAAUGAUCUUAUUUACUGCAUCUCAAAGCUCCGCCGAGCCGGGAUUAAGGACCAACUGAUAGAGGCGGACAGCUUCUUGGACGUGAAAUUCAGGAAGGGGAUAUUCGGCAACGGUGUGAUCCAGAUGCCGAAUAUAACCAUGAACAACCACAUGAAGUGUUUCUUGGUCAACUGUGUGGCAUUCGAGCAGUUGCACAGCACUCCCUCCAAGCAGUUCACGGUUUACGCUAGAUUAUUGGACUGCCUGGUGAACACCGCGAAGGACGUCGAACACCUAUGCCUCGACGAAAUCUUCGACAACUACUUUGGGAAAGACGGCGACAUCGCGCAAUUCAUCAACAAGAUGGGGAAGGACCUGGCGUUUGAUGAGAAUCAGUUUUACCUGUCCCAGUUGUUCAAAGAUGUCAACGACUGUUACGGGACUACAUGGAAAGUGCAGUUGGCGAGAUUCCAGGCCAGGUAUUUUGACUCGCCAUGGUCAUUCAUGUCCGUGUUGGCUGCCAUUGUGCUCUUGCUGCUUACGUUGUUGCAGACCUUCUACACCGUCUAUGCUUAUUAUGUCAAAUCUAAAGCAUAA